UCCUUGUGCUCCUGAGAAGUAGAGUCUGGAGAUCAGUCACUGCCUGAGAGGUUCCUCGGGUGUAUGACAGAUGAAGUCAGACAAUGGUCUUUUACAUCUAUGACCCAGCACAGAUGGCCAGGGACCAGCACCGCAUGACAGCGAGGAUAUUAGACCUCACCCUAGAGAUAAUCGAGCUGAUCACUGGAGAGGAUUACACCCUAGUGAAGAAGUCGUCUGGUGAGUGUGUGGCCCUCCAUGUGUUAGGAGAGCAGAGCAGGAUCCCCAUCACAGAGGAUCCGCCUCAACCCCUCAUACAUGAGCAGAAGAUCCUAGAACUCACCCACAAGAUCAUUGAGCUGCUGACUGGAGAGGUCCCUGUAAGGUGUCAGGAUGUCACCGUCUUUUUCUCCAUGGAGGAGUGGGAGUAUAUAGAAGGACACGAGGAUCUGUACAAGAAUGUUAGAAUGGAGAAUAAUCCACAAAAGAUGGAGAAGGACCAGAACCGCAUGACAGCGAUGAUAUUGGACCUCACCCUAGAGAUAAUCGAGCUGAUCACUGGAGAGGAUUACACCCUAGUGAAGAAGUCGUCUGGUGAGUGUGUGGCCCCCCGUUUGUUAGGAGAGCAGAGCAGGAUCUCCAUCACAGAGGAUCUCCCUCAACCCCUCAUACAUGAGCAGAAGAUCCUAGAACUCACCAGCAAGAUCACUGAGCUGCUGACUGGAGAGGUCCCUGUAAGGUGUCAGGAUGUCACCGUCUUUUUCUCCAUGGAGGAGUGGGAGUAUAUAGAAGGACACGAGGAUCUGUACAAGAAUGUUAGAAUGGAGAAUAAUCCACAAAAGAUGGAGAAGGACCAGAACCGCAUGACCGCGUGGAUAUUGGACCUCACCCUAGAGAUAAUCGAGCUGAUCACUGGAGAGGAUUACACCCUAGUGAAGAAGUCGACUGGGGAGUGUGUGGCCAUCACAGAGGAUCUCCCUCAACCCCUCAUACAUGAGCAGAAGAUCCUAGAACUCAUCAACAAUAUCACUGAGCUGCUGACUGGAGAGGUUCCUAUAAGGUGUCAGGAUGUCGCUGUCUAUUUCACCAUGGAAGAGUGGGAGUAUAUAGGAGAGAAGGAUCUGUACAAGGACAGAAACCAAAUUGCUGGGUGGAUAGUGGACCUCAUUAUUCAGAUAAUUGACUUCAUAACUGGAAAGGAUUAUACCCUAGUGAAGAAGUCGUCUGGUCAGUGUGUGGCCUUCCAUGUGUCAGGAGAGCAGAACAGGAGCCUCAUUAUAGAGGAUCUUCCUCAACCCCUCAUACAUGACGAGAAGAUCCUAGGACUCACCAGCAAGAUCACUGAGCUGCUGACUGGAGAGGUCCCUGUAAGGUGUCAGGAUGUUGCUGUCUAUUUCUCCAUGGAGGAGUGGGAGUAUAUAGAAGGACACGAGGACCUGUACAAGGACGCCAUGAUGGAGGACCACCGGCCCCUCACAUCACAGGAUGGAUCCAGUCGGAGAACUCCACCAGAAAGAUGUCCCCGUCCUCUAUAUUCCCAGGAUUGUCUGGAAGAAAAGCAAAGUAUCCCACUGGAUCAUCAGGGAAAUUCUGGUGAAAUGAUGACUGGACUGGAAAAACUCAUCAUUGUGUCAGUGAAUGAUGAAGAAUCAAUCAGAGACUCCCACAAACAUCUCAUUCGACCCCUAUAUCAUGACAUGAAAGAUCAGUCAUGGAUCAGAAUACAAAGACUUGGACAUAGACUGGAAAGAACAUUUUCAUGUCCUGAAUGUGAGAAGUGUUUUACCCAAAAAUCUUAUCUUGUUAGACAUCGGAGAAGUCACACAGGAGAGAAGCAAUAUUCAUGUUCUGAAUGUGGGAAACAUUUUAGAAAGAAAUCUAAUCUUUCCCUACAUGAGAGAAUUCACAUAGAUGAAAGGCCAUUUUCAUGCUUAGAAUGUGGGAAAUCCUUUACUAGGAAAUCAGUUCUUGUUGAACAUCAGAAAAUUCACACAGGAGAGAAGCAAUUCUUAUGUUCAGAAUGUGGAAAGUGUUUUAAUCUUAAACAUCAUCUUCUGAGACAUCAAAGAAUUCACACAGGAGAGAAGCCAUUUUCAUGUCCUGAAUGUAAGAAGUGUUUUAGUCUUAAUUCAUACCUUAUAGAACAUCUAAGAACUCACACAGGGGAAAAGCCAUUUUCAUGUUCAGAGUGUGGGAAAUGUUUUACCCAAAAGUCAGACCUUGUUAGACAUCAAAGAAGUCACACAGGAGAAAAGCCAUAUUCAUGUUCAGAAUGUGGGAAAUGCUUUCAAAAGAAAUCAAAUCUUUUAAUACAUGAGAGAAUUCACAUAGAUGAAAGGCCAUUUUCAUGUUCAGUAUGUGGGAAAUGUUUUACUAGGAAGGCAGUUCUUCUUGAACACCAGACAAUUCACACAGGAGAGAAGCCAUUUUCAUGUUCAGAAUGUGGGAAAUCUUUUACUAGGAAAUCAUAUCUGGUAGAACAUCAGAAAAUUCACACAGGAGAGAAGCCAUUUUCAUGUUUGGAGUGUGGAAAAUGUUUUGCGCGUAAAGAUUCUCUUGAGAUGCAUCAGAAAAUUCACACAGGGGAGAAGCCAUUUUUAUGCUCCGAAUGUGGCAGGUGUUUUUCCCAUAAAUCAAAACUUGUUGAACAUCUGAGAACUCACACGGGAGAAAAGCCAUUUUCAUGUUUAGACUGUGGGAAAUCUUUCACUAGAAAAUCAUAUCUUGUUGGACAUCAGAGAAUUCACACAGGAGAGAAGCUAUUUUCAUGUUUGGAAUGUGGAAAAUGCUUCAUGCGUAAAAGUUCUCUUGAGACACAUCAGAAAAUUCACACAGGGGAGAAGCCAUUUUUAUGUUCUGAAUGUGGAAAAUGUUUUACCCAGAAAUCAAAACUUGUUGAACAUCUGAGAACCCAUACAGGGGAGAAACCAUUUUCGUGUACGGAGUGUGAGAAAUGUUUUAGGCGUAGAAAUUCACUAGUGGAACAUUUAAGAAUUCACACUAGGGAGCAGGCAUAUUUAUGUCAUGAGCAUAGUAACUGUUUCAGUAAGAAAAAAAAUCUAGUAGAAUAUUUACUUUACAGAGGUAAGAAGCCAUUUUCAUGUUCAGAAUGUGAGAAAUGCUUUGCUAUGAAAUCACAUCUUGAUUCGCAUCAGAGAACUCACACAGGAGAUUAUCCGUUUUCAUGCCUUGAAUGUGGGAAGUUGUUUAAGCUUAAACAUCAUCUUGCAAGACAUCAAAUAAUUCACACAAGAGAGAAGCCGUUUUCAUGUUCAGAAUGUGGGAAAUGUUUUAGAGAGAAAUCUGGUCUAGUUACACAUAAGAGAAGUCACACAGGAGAGAAGCCAUUCUCAUGUCUGGAUUGUGGGAAGUGCUUUAUGCUUAAAGAUUCCCUUGUGGAACAUCUAAGAACUCACACAGAAGAUAAACCAUUUUCAUGUUCGGAAUGUGGGAAAUGCUUUAUGCUUAAAGGUCACCUUGAGAGACAUCAGAGAAUUCACACAGGGGAAAAGCUGUUUUCAUGCUCAGAAUGUGGAGAAUGUUUUACCCAGAAAUCAACACUUGCUGAACAUGAGAUAAUGCACACAUAGGAAUAGCCAUAUUCAGGUUCUGAAAGUGGCAAAUGUUUUACCUAGAAAUCAGGUCACGUCAAACACAGUGGAGAAGCUAUUAGCAAGUCCUGACUGUGGCAAAUGAUAUGACCAGAAAUGUGAUGUUAAGUAUCAGAUAACUCAAAGUGGAGCUGCUAUGAAAUAUGGCUGGUGUGGAACUCCAUUGUAGAACCUGCUGCCCCAGAAGUCUUUAUGAUGUAGAUAGGGUAUCAGAUGGAGGGGGAUUCAAGACCUCUCACCCUGAUUGGCCAGUUGUUCCCUACUGUAGCUGGCGCUGGAUCCACACAGCUCACUCUGUUGUGUCAUGGACGGAGCAAGUUACGAUUCAUGUCAAUGAGAGCAGCUGACCCCAAAAAGCCCUAACCCCAAAAAGCUCCUACAAUUACACAUUGGACAGAGCUGUGUAGUUCUGGUACCAGAGGUAGAGAACAGCUGAUUGUCGGGGUCCAGGUGUCGUACCCACACAAAUCAGAUAUUCAAGACCUAUCGUGAGUAUGAGUCAUAAAUAUAAAAGUACUGGACCCAUUUAAAUGCCUGGCUACAAGACAGAAUACCGAGAGAUUUCUUGUUUGUUCUCAGUGAGGGCUGUUCUAUCUAAUGGCCUGAAUCUUCAUCGAGAAGUAUCCCCAAGAGGGGGAACAUCAAGGGCUGAUUGUGGAGCAAUGUGAACAGUUUCCCCCAGUAAACGAUCACUUAAUUUAUUUAAGGAACCUGGGCACUCUGAAAAAGGGCGCCUGUCAAUAAGUCGGACUCGCCCAUCCACUGACUCUUAUGUUCUGAUGCUGGGCUCUACUUCCUGGUCCUCUUGAGUUACAAAUGUAAAUGGUAACUGCCAUUGUUUUGUUAAAUGUAUAGGGCAAGUUAUAAUGAAUUUUUUUUCAAUAUACUUUAUUUAUUGAUUUAGAAAUUUUUCAUGAAAAAACUGACCCUGAAUUGACUUAUGGCAGUUAGUUGUAGUACUGAAAAGUGAAGACGUUCUGCCCUCACUGCCUCCCUCAUAUAUUCACUAAAGAUGGCUAUAUAUACUAUAUACUUCGGCACAGACUCGGCAGUGAUCAGUUUCCAUGUGAUCUGUACGCCCAGCGUGCUGACUAGUGAGCCACAGGAGCAUCGGAAAUGAUCUCCUGCAUCUCUCGGCGGCUAGUCAGUUAGCAAGUGCACUGGGCAUUCAGAUCUCAUGGACACUCCCUGCUGACAGUGUGCCGAUGUCAAGGCAGUAUAUCAAUAUAUACUGUGGCAAUGUGAACAUUGAGGUGUUGUUUCCCCAGGUUCCAGUCCGGGACUUAGGGCUCAUGUCCAGGGAUCCUAUUUAAUCCUGCUACUGGAUCCUGGGUGUGUCUUACUCUGGAGAGUGUGCAGCAGAGGCCUGGUGAGGCUCUGUCAGUGUGGUCUCAGCUAGGCAAGGCUGAGGGGCCACGAGGCUAUGCAAUAGCCUGGACUUUGGGGAACUCAAAGACACCCGGGAACAAGCAUUGAAAGGUCAGAGUCAGGAGGACUGCUAGACCACAACCCCCUCCAAAGGUCCUGCACUUGUUACAGCCUGAGGGCUGGUGGACUGUAUGUCU